AUGGCUGGAAUACUAGUUGACGUUCUGUUAGAGCGUUUGGCUACGCUCGCCCUUGACAAGGUCGAACGCGAGCUGAAGCUGGUGAGAGGGGUUAAGCAAGAAAUCAAAAAUCUCACCAAGAAACUCAAAGCUAUUCGAGCUGUACUGGAGGACGCAGAGCAGAGGCAAGUGAUGGAAGCCAGCGUGAAAGAUUGGCUGAAUGAGCUAAAUGAUGUUUCCGACGACAUGGAUGACGUGCUGGAUGAGUGGAUCACUAGAGUUCUCAUGCAUCAAUUGGAGAAACAAGAAAAACAAGGUGCAAAUGCUCUUGCUACUACUAAGAAGAAGGUAUGCUUUCCCUUUCCUUCCUCUUGCUUUCGCUUCGGCCAAGUCAAUCAGCUAUUUCGUCGUCACGAAAUUGCUGCGAAGAUAAAAGAGCUAAAUGAAAGUUUAGAUUUGAUUGAUCAAAACAAACAAAGUUUUGGCUUUCAUCAAAACACCACUAGGGUCCCCGAACUACCUCAACGACAAAAAACUACUUCUCUUCCCAAUAUUAAAACAUUUGGUCGAGAUAAGGAGAAAAACCUCAUAGUUAGCAAGUUGAUAAGUGAGAGUAGUCAAGAAAAGGAAGUUCCUCUUAUCAUCCCUAUUGUAGGGAUGGGGGGAAUGGGGAAAACAACUCUUGCUCAACUUGUUUAUAAUGAUGAAAAUGUCAAAUCUCAUUUUGACAAGAGAAUAUGGGUCUGUGUCUCGGACCCUUUUGAAGAGAUCAAGAUUGCUCAAGCUAUCAUUGAAGAAAUAGAUAAAGAUAAUAGUUCAAAAAGCUCAAAUGUGUUGCAAACCCUGACGCAAUGUAUAGAUAAAUUGAUUGAGGGUAAAAAGUUUCUCCUAGUUUUAGAUGAUGUUUGGAGCCCAAACUCUGAUCAAUGGGAAGAAUUGAUCAAACCUUUACGUAAUGGUGGUAUAGGAAGUAGGAUAUUGGUGACCACUAGAAAGGAGGAGGUUGUUACUUUAAUGAAAGCAACAACUCAAUUGAUCCAUUUGAAGGAGUUGGGUGAAGCAUUUUGUUUGUCAUUGUUCUAUUACAGUGCAGACAUGGAUGAGAGUAGUGUGUCCACCGAGUUUAAAAAUAUUGGAUCAGAGAUUGUGAAAAGGUGCAAUGGGUUGCCUCUUGCUGCAAAGACAUUAGGAAGCCUCAUGCGUAAUAAGAAAAAGAUUCAUGAAUGGCAAGCUGUUUUAAAGAGUAAGACAUGGGAAUUGAAAGAGAUUCAACAAGAUGUUUUUCGACCACUACUAUUAAGUUAUCAUGAUUUGAGUCCAGCAACCAAACGUUGUCUUUUGUAUUGUGUUACAUUUCCAAAAGAUUAUGUGUACAAUAGGAAUUGUUUGAUUGAGUUGUGGAUGUCGCAAGAUUAUUUGAAUGUCAAAGAAAGUAAAGAAAAUAUAGUGAAAAUGAAUGUUUGA